GAGUAGAAUCUGCUUUACAUCAUUGCCUUUGCAGCCUCGAACCUCAACGCACACCCGAAAGUGCGAAGCACCUUCUUGCUGCAAUCCGCAGAGCGCAUUGGUAGAAGGAUAAGAGUCGACAAAGAACCGUGUGUAAGAGGGGUGCGUUUGUGUUCACAACGGUAAUCGGGUGGACUGCACGCACCACUGCGCUUUUUAGUUCUCAUUUUCCUUGCUUCUUCUUUUUAUCCUAGUGUUGCUGGACGUAUCGUUGUAAAAGAAAAUACAUAUAAUAAUAAUCGAAGAUAAGCAAGAAUGUCCAAGUACUUCGAGCCGGAUACCGCGUUCGGCAAGGAUGCCGAGUGCGCCGUGUGCUGUUGCCUCUGGACAGACCCGGUAGAGGUGAACAACUGUCAGCACAUUUUCUGCCGUCGAUGUGUGGAAGGCCUCGCCACGUGUCCGGUGUGCUGCGGCCCCGUGGACCGCCUCAACACGCCCGGAAAGUUCAUCCUGCGUCUGCUGGAGCGUACGAAGGGCAAGUGUAGCGCCUGUGCGUGGAAAGGCACGUAUAAAGAUUUCACGACAAAGCACACCGAAUGCCUGAAAGACGGCGAGGACGUGACAUCUGGGCCGGGCGCAAGCUCGUCGCCCCAGGAGGUGGUGUGCAUGCAAGAUUACUAUUUAGAAGGGAAUGGGUCUUCGGUAACGCCCAACGCCACCCUCACCACCAACACGAUGAACGGCACCGCUCACAACACUUCUCAGCUAACACCCAUUAUUGUAGCGGACACGCUUUCGAACCGCAGCUUUUCUCAUGUGAGCAACGCGGUGCCGGUGGUCCGCGCGGAGCCGACGCACGCGCAACGAGCACACUGGCGGCAGUCACUGACGAACACCGCGCGUGACUUCGGCAUGGCGGAAAAUGAGUUUAUGGAAUUAGUGCGUUGCUUCCCUGAUUUCGCCUCCGGGGCGGCGGAUGGGAGUAACGGGCUGGAGCUGCGCUGGCGCGACGCGUGCCGGCUGCUGCGCUUCUUCAACUAUCCAAAUCACCCCGACGAUGUGCGAAAUCUGUUUGAAAUGGGGGGGCGGUCGCCCAAGACGGGUUCCAUUCCCUUCAACACCCUCUGUGUGUGGCUCAUGAUGAACCGCCGCAACCCGGCGCAGUGGUACCACAUGUCGGAUGCACCGUACCGGCAGAUACUGCAGGUCGCCCAGCUGCUGGACGUGAAGGCGACGGGGCUCUUCACGUUAGAUCAGUGCCGCAUUCUGGCCGAGCAGUACUUCGAGCGCGACGUGGACGACAGCGAGUGGCGUCAAAUCGAACCGUUGCUGCGCAGCAAAGAUGCCGGCAUUCGACAGUCCUUCAUGCCCGAAAGCCGCCUUCGCAUCGACCUGCAAGACAGCACCGAACAGCAUGACGUGAAGCUGCCGCUGCACGACGUGCUCUGUUCCUUUGCACACCACGUUGACGACCUAAAGAACCUGGAGCGACACUCGCAGACGCAGCGGAAGCAGUCUGACUUUAUCUGCCGUAUUAAGAAAAUUGUGGGCUUCUACGAGCCGAACGCGCUUCCUCAGCUGGACUCGACCCUGCAGAAGUUCAGCGGCGAAGAAGAAAGUCUGCUCAUGACGCUGGUCGCGAUGUACGGUCCCGAGCCGGCGUAG